AUGAGUGAGGAUAAACAACUCGAUAUGCGAACUCAAACAGAAAUAAUUUUUGAGUCAUAUCAGGCUUGUGUUUAUGUUGAAAAGAAGUUUGAACUCAGUGACAUUUACUUUGCAGCUGCUGAUUUUGUAAAAAAGCUCGUAUCUGAUCAAGAAAAUGGCGAGAUAAAGGACAAUAUUUCACUGUACUGUAAUAAAGAAAAUACAGUUGACGGCUUCAUCUCAGUUUCGAGCCCUUCGGAUAUCACUUCUGGUUGUGUGAUUCAAAUUGUUUUAAACGACAAUGUUCAAAUUGAAAGACAAGUACAAGUUGUCGGUCAUAACUUUCAAGUACACAGUUAUCAGUCACCUCAUUUUUGUGAUUAUUGUGGGGAAUUACUAUUUGGUUUGGUACGUCAAGGUUUACGCUGUACGGGUUGUGAUCAAAAUUUCCACAAGAAAUGCGCGUACAAAAUACCCAACACCUGUACCACCAAAAAUUCUGGAACAAGUUUAACAAAGGACUUAAGUUUCGAUACAAACUAUCAAAAUUUGUCCAACCUCUCAAAGCAUACGGAAUUAAAUCUGAAUGAUAUUAUUUGUCUGGAACCAGCAGGAACUAAUCCAUAUCCAUGGCGUCCUAUGAAUUUUUCAUCUUCAUCUGAUGAUCAAUCAAAUCUUCAUGCGAAUAUCACCGGGGAAAUUCAUUCAAAAACAACAGAUUCGGAAAAUUCUUCAAAGCCAAACAGUGUCAAAAACAGCAUCAAUAAUAGUACUACCAACAAUAAUGACAAUAAUAAUGAGUCAGAGGAUUUAGUAAUCCUACCGGAUCAUGUGUUUGAACUACGUUGUGUUGAUGAUUUAAUUUAUUAUGUUGGUCAGUUAGGCUAUAUGGAGAGUAUAGAUAACGGAAGUGACAUGUUGUUGAGGCUACAAUGUCGGCGUAGAUCUCAUUUUCCCACCUUGCCAACAGCGGUUUCUUAUGUACGCAAGGCUUCUGCACCUGUCUAUGGUUUAGUAUUUCUGCCUGAACCGCCUCCAAUGACCUCAGACACAAAACUAUCAAAUUUACUGGAGGUUGGCUUGCCAAAAACAUGGAAAACUCAAUUAACUGGUAACUGUAUUCAAGAGAAUGAUAUCAGUGAUGGUGUUUAUCGAACGGCUAUCCUUCCACCACCUCCAGGGACUGGGUUAGAUUUAGCCAGACAUUUAGAGACAGCUAUACGUCAGUCGCUGCUUCCACUAACAUCUAGAACAAGUUCACAAAAAGGUUUAACACCGAAGACAAACAGUCAACAGCAGCAAACUCAGCAAGAAGAACGAGUAGUAGAACAAACACUAGACAUACAAGAGCCUAUUUCUCCAUCUUACACUACCAGUAAAUUCAUCAUACCAAAGAUUGUAACAACCAGUUUGUCGACUGAUAAAAUUCAAUCUAACUCAUCAGCCAUGUUAAGCCAAUCUUCCCGAAUCCCUGAAGACUCAAAAGAAAAAGUUUCGGAUGAGAAGAUAACUGAAGUGCCAGACUUGGAACCUGCUGAAGAAACUGACGAGGGAACAGGAAGUGCAAUAAGUGCUUUCAUCGAAAGUAAACAGUGUAGCGAUCACGUUCAAGCACUGUAUGAAAUAUUUCCUGAUGAAGUUUUGGGUUCUGGACAGUUUGGUAUUGUCUAUGGAGAAGAAUUUGAAAUGACCGGAAGUUUUUUGAUAACAUGCCUACUUAAUACAGAUUGUAAAUUAUGGGUUCAUAAGAAAUGUGCCACAUUUGUACCGAAUAACUGUGAUGGUGAACAACUUUCACAAGAAGAUAACACAAUUAAAGACUCACAAUCAAGAAACUCAUCAUUAACCUCAACUUCAACAGUGUCAGGGGCACAAGAAUCCACUCUGUCAUUGGCAUUAAGUGUACCAAGUAAAUUUAGAAAACGUUUGUUUCUUCGCGGUCAAACUGUCAGUGCUAUCAAUUCUCAGACAACGCCUGAAGAACAAUCAACAGAAACAUCAUCAACAUCGGCAACAUCAUCAAACAAUGCGAAAAACAACAGAAGCUUGCAAACUACACAAAGACAAGCAACUGAAGACAGUUCAAGUCUACGUUCACCAAAUGAAUUUUUAGAAACAAGAUCAUUUAUCGAGAAGCAUUCUACAGAACAAACAUCAACGCUUUUGUACUCAUCAACGUCUGCUACUGAUAUGACCAAUAAAGGAAGUGGUACGUUUGAAGAUAAAGUUGACAAGUCAACAAUUGAAAAAAGGAAAGCUCACUUUCGUUCGCAGCAUCAUAGCAGACAGCUGGAUGGACCACAAAUGGCCAAGUUGAAUGGAUUGAUUAAAUCAGCUGACAGGGAUCCACUUAGUGUUGAGAGUGUAGAUCAAACAACUGAAAUAAGAGCUGAGUCACAUAAUUUAUCACCGGAUCUAAGACAUUCAAUUGAAAGACCCACAAUCAAGACGAAUCUAUUAUUAUGUACUGGACAACGAAAUAUUCCAUUGAUGCGUGUGGUUCAAUCAGUUCGCCAUACAAAACGCUCUGGAACUGGUUUGAUUAUCCGAGAAACUUGGAUGGUUCACAGGACGAACAAAGAUCCAGUCGAUACUAUUCAUCGUGUCCUUCAGAAACUUCAUCUCAUUGAUGGUGUUUGCAUACACCGUAAGACAAAACGUGAAGUAGCAAUCAAAGUUAUUGAUAAACUACGGUUUCCCACAAAAAGAGAAGCACAACUGAAAAAUGAAGUAUCCAUAUUAAGAAAUCUCAAUCAUCCUGGGGUAGUAAACCUUGAAAGAAUGUUUGAAACUCCAAAACGAGUAUUCGUGGUUAUGGAGAAACUGGCCGGUGAUAUGUUGGAAAUGAUACUCGGAUCACCUCAAGGAAGACUGACAGAAAGGGUCACCAAAUACUUGGUAACGCAGAUCCUUAUCGCUCUGCGUUACUUGCAUUUACGAAGCAUAGUCCACUGUGAUCUUAAGCCAGAGAACGUACUGUUGGCUAUACCACCACACAGAGAUGUGAACAACUUGGGAUUGCCUGAGGUAACUGAGAACACCGCGCAACAAUUUCCCCAGAUUAAACUUUGUGAUUUCGGAUUCGCACGCAUCAUAGGUGACAAGUCAUUCAGAAGGUCAAUAGUGGGGACGCCCGCAUACCUAGCUCCAGAAGUGCUAAAGAAUCGUGGAUACAACCGAGGGAUAGACAUGUGGUCUGUCGGCGUGAUCCUCUACGUAAGUCUCAGUGGGACCUUCCCAUUCAACGAAGAGGAGGAUAUAGCUGAGCAGAUCGAAAAUGCGGACUUCAUGUACCCGAGUGACCCAUGGGACAAUAUUUCAGAAGAAGCUAUACAUCUUAUAACACAUUUGUUACAAGUACGUUUACGAAAUCGAUUCUCUGUGGAAAGAAGCCUCAACCAUGUUUGGAUGCAGGAUUACGUAUGCUGGUGUGACCUGCGUCGGUUGGAAGCUUCAAUCGCAUAUGAAAGUCGUUUUCUUACUGCGAGCGCGGAUGACGUAAAAUGGGAACGAUUUCGUGAAAAAUGGAACAGUGAAGUCGGUGAAGAACAGGGAAACAACUCAUUUGAUCAGACCUCACGUAGACUUCCAACAUGGAAAGAGCUCGCAUGGAGAACAGAUAUUAAUACACCACCUAUAUACUGGCAGCCAAACGAAUCUCUGCGAUCCCCAUUGUAA